AUGGAGUCCACCAACCAAGAGAACUUCUUUGAGACAGACACUCAGCAGGAAAAGCGCCAGCAGCGUGCCAAGAAGGAGGGAAACACCUUUGGCAACCCGCUGCGCAUGCCCUCUAAGCUUUUGGCCGUCAUCAAGGAUACCAAGUCCAACAACUCAGUCUUCGUCGCAGAGUCUGGGGGAAGGGUAUCCAAGGUGAAUACCGAGACACGAACCACCACAGCAAAAUACACCGGCCCCUCCGUCCCAGUAACAUGUCUCGCAACAGGCGGCCCCUCCAACAACACCCUCUUCGCAGGGAGCUGGGACAAGGCAAUCUGGUCCUGGGACAUUGCGACGCGCCGCCCAGGCCGCAAAUUUGACGGCCACUCCGACUUUGUCAAGGCCCUCGUCUGCGGCCGCCUCGGCGACAAGACCAUCCUCAUCAGCGGCGGCGCCGACAAGAAGAUAAUUGUCUGGGACGCCGACGCCGGCCGCAAGCUGCACGUCCUCCAGGACCCGACCACGACCAUGAUGUCGCUGCAGUCCCUCGCCAUCGACCCCAUCCUCAGCAGCGCCGACGAGAUUGUCCUCGUCAGCGCCAGCAGCGAUCCGCACAUUCGCCGGUGGAGGAUCUCUCUCGACUCGUACGCGCAGCUCCCCUUUGACCAGCCUGCUGGAGAGAAAGCCGCGGGCGAAGAGAAGCUCACGAUCCAAGAGCACGAGACCAGCGUAUACAAGGUCCUCUUCGACAUCACAGGCGACGAAGUCGACCUCUGGACCGCGAGCGCCGACGGCACGGCCAAAUGCCUCCUCCGCGAAAAGGCCUUCACCUCGGAAGACGCUUUUGAGCACGGCGACUUUGUGCGCGCCGUCGCACUGACGGGCGACUGGGUCGUCACGGGUGGCAUCAGCCAGCAGAUCAAGGUCUGGGACCGGACGUCGGGCAAGCUGUACGCCCUCCUUGACGCGCACUUUGACGAGAUCACUGACUUUGUCGUCCUGCGGGAUCCGGCGGGGCGGUCCUCCUCGGAUGUGCUGUGCAGUGUGGGCAUCGACUGUACGUUGCGGACGUGGCCUCUUGAUCGCAAGGGGUUGGAUGCGGCGGUUGAAGAGAUCCGAGUCGCGUCUGAGGCUGUUGAUGGACAGGAGGCUGAAGGGGACAAGAAGAAAGAGGAUGACAAGGAGCCUUUGAUGACGGCUGAGGAGGAAGCGGAGUUGGCUGCGCUGAUGGAGGACGAUUAG